CGUCACUCGGCGCGUGCCCGGGUAGCCCGUGGUAACACCUAGUCUGCGGAAGUGGAGAAGAGCUGGCAGGCGGCUGAGACAGGGGACUGAAAGUUGUGGAACCCUAAUUUGUGACAUCAGGUGUUUUUUGGUAAGCAGCCAUUUAUGACUCUGGAAGAUUGGGACUGACAGGAAGCCCCUUCUGAGAUUUUAACAAAGUUCUCGAACAACACCUAUACCAUGGACAUAAAGCUGGAUCCUUCCCGAGAUGACCUGCCUCUCAUGGCCAACACCAGCCACAUACUUGUGAAGCACUAUGUACUGGAUUUAGAUGUGGAUUUCGAAAGUCAAAUCAUUGAGGGCACCAUAGUGCUUUUCUUCGAGUCUGUAAAUAAAUUCAAGAAACAGAGUAGUUCCACCGAGGAAACCUACCCAUCAGAGUCAAACGAAGCCUGCAAAUUUAGGACGCCUGAACCCUCCCAUAUUCCUGUGACAAAUACAAGGACCGUCUCAUCUAAAAUGGGAUAUAAUGAUUUUGUAAUCUGUGGUAAAGGUGAAAAAGAUACUUCUGGUAAAGAUGGUAACCAUGACAACCAGGAACAGGCUUCUGGGAUUUCUAGCUCAAAGUACUGCUGUGACACAGGGAAUCAUGGGAGUGAGGAUUUUUUGCUAGUGUUGGACUGCUGUGAUUUAUCUGUGUUAAAGGUUGAGGAGGUGGAUGUUGCUGCUGUGCCAGGUAUUGAAAAAUUUACAAGGUCUCCCAAGCUCAGGAAUCAGAUUGUACGUGAACUCGUGGCUCUGCCUGCAGAUCGUUGGAGGGAGCAGUUAGACUAUUACGCUCGCUGCAGCCAGGCUCCUGGUUGUGGGGAACUCCUGUUUGACAUUGACACUUGGAGCUUACAGAUCAGGAAGACAGGGGCUCAGACAGCUACUGACUUUCCUCAUGCCAUAAGGAUACGGUACACAACCAAACCCCAGGGGCGAUCAGUUACAUGGACCUCAGACCAGAGUGGCAGGCCAUGUGUUUAUACUAUGGGAUCGCCCAUAAACAACAGGGCCCUUUUUCCAUGCCAGGAGCCACCCGUUGCCAUGUCAACAUGGCAGGCUACAGUUCGAGCAGCUGCAUCUUUUGUUGUUUUAAUGAGUGGGGAAAAUUCUGCCAAGCCAACACAGCUUCAGGAAGGAUGCUCAAGUUGGCAUUACUACGUAACCAUGCCAAUGCCAGCCUCCACCUUCACAAUUGCAGUAGGAUCCUGGACAGAAACGAAGCCAGAGAUCUGCUCAUCAAAUGAUCUGGCGACAGAGAGAUCCUUCUCGCCUUUCGAGGCUGACUUCAGGUAUGUUGGUGUUUGUGGUCACAUGGAAUACCCCUGCCGCUUCCAGAAUGCUUCUGCCACCACCCAGGAGAUAAUUCCUCAUCGGGUCUUUGCUCCAGUGUGCCUGAAGGGUGCCUGCCAAGAGACCCUUCUGCCACUGAUCCCUCCCUGCCUCUCCGCAGCACACUCUGUCCUGGGAACACACCCGUUCUCCAGGCUGGAUGUACUCAUUGUCCCUGCCAACUUUCCGAGUCUGGGGAUGGCCAGCCCACACCUCGUCUUCCUCUCUCAGAGCACCUUGACUGGAAUGCGCCAGCUCUGUGGGACCCGUCUCUGCCAUGAAAUUGCUCAUGCCUGGUUUGGCCUGGCUAUCGGGGCCCGAGACUGGACGGAAGAGUGGCUCAGUGAAGGGUUCGCCACUCACUUGGAAGAUGUAUUCUGGGCCAAGGCGCAGCAGCAGCUGGCCCCCGACGAGGCCCAGGAGCAGCAGGAACUGAGGGCUUGCCUGCGCUGGCGUCGCCUCCAGGACGAGGUGCGGAACUCCCCGGAGGAUAUGCAGGUGUUGAGACCCAAUAAAGAGAAAACUGGCCAUGUGAGUGACUCAGGAUCAUCUGUCAUCAAACACGGGCUCAAUCCGGAGAAGGUCUUCAUGCAGGUUCAUUAUUUAAAGGGCUAUUUCCUUCUCCGGUUCCUUGCCAAAAGACUUGGAGAUGACACCUAUUUUUCAUUUUUAAGAAAGUUUGUGCACACAUUUCAUGGGCAGCUGAUUCUUUCCCAGGAUUUCCUUCAAAUGCUGUUGGAGAGCAUCCCAGAAGAAAGAAGGCUUGAGCUGUCUGUUGAAAACAUCUUCCGAGACUGGCUGGAGACUUCCGGAAUACCACAGCCGCUGCAGAGGGAGCGCCUGGCCGGGGCGGAGUGCGGGCUCGCGCGGCAAGUGAGCGCCGAGGUCGCCAAAUGGGUCCGAGUGAACAGGAGACCCCGAAAACGGAAACGAAAGGAGACAGAAGUGUUGGAAAAGAUCAGAAGGCAGUAGUGCAGUAAAUGGAAAAUCUGAAUGUCUCACCCAAGAUCCCCAAAUGAGUCACUGAGCCUAGAGUCCUCACGUGUCAGUUGGAGUCGUCGUGACCUACAUUUGUUCCGACUCUUGUCUCCCUGUGACCUGGUCCUCCUUGUCCGCGUAGCCUUGUUAGGUGUGCCUUUCUUUUGAUCUUUGUAGAAUGAUCCAUUCUUAUGUCUCUGGAGUUUUGUCUGAUGAAAUCCAGUUGUUUUCUGCAGAGGGGUGCUAAUGUCUUGGAGAGGUCACCCUUCCUGAAGUAUGCAGACCUUGGGUGGCUUGCAGACCUUGGGUGGCUUGGGCCUGGCUCCCAAGGUGGACCCCUGAUGACUGUACCACCACGUGUCAUCCUGUUAAAGGGGCUGGAUACUCGUCUUGCCAGAGCCUUGUGGGAGUUAAGUGAGGUGUCUUAUCUAAAACAGCUGGCACUUACGAAGCAUUUAGUACAUUUUGGAGCACCUCUUCAAAUAAGAUGGUGAAAGACUGACUACCUAAUAGCAUGUGGAUAGACAUCAUUCGUUUUUUUUUCCUUCUCCACAGUAGUGAGAUAGGAAAACAUUCUUAAAUUUAUUUACAGACCAAAAAAACCCAAAAACCAAAAACAACCCCCCCCCCCCCAAACCAGCCUUGAUUUCUUCCUAUAAUUGUUCUUUGGUUUGCAGCAAAUAUAGCGGUAGUACUCAUACAAGUCUGUAUGUUUUGUCUCUAUCUUUUGACUUUAUUCAAGAAGACCGGUCCUAUUUCUCAGCGCUACUCUACUGUUUCAUUUGCAUCUCUCUUCAGUUUGUCUACUACAGUAUAGUAAAUUGUCAUUGUUCUUGUUCCAAACAGGAAGCUCUCAAAGUGCUCUUCAGGCUGUUGAUAAGAUUUCUAUUCUAGCAAAGCUCCAUUUUAAAAUCAGUCUAUAAUCAUUUUUUGUACUCAAGUCAUUGUUUUUAUUUCUUUUCCCCAAACUAUUAUGAUUUGAAGUUCCUUUGAAGGCUGGUGGAGCUUAUACAGAUAUGAGCUAAUGAAUGGCACUGAGUAUUGGGCAUACCUUCUCCUCUGUUGUCAUUUUGCAGUAUGUUUCUGGUCUAAGGGGAAAACUACCUCUGUUACCUUUCACUAGGCAGGGUUGCAAUGUUCAGUUUAUUUCCUGACAAAAAGUGAAUCCUAGUACAGGUAGUUGUCUUGAAAUGAUUAUAUUCUCUAAAAUGGUUCUUGGUCAUCUUGAGUUUCUAACAUGGUUUAGAACAUAGUUUUUGGAUCUGUGGAAAUAGCAUUGUUGUGUAGUGCAGCUGCACAGAACAUCAGAAAGAACUAAAAAGUUCAGGUAACUUAAGAAAAUAAAAUCACCAGCUAGGAGCUGUCUAAAAUUCCUGGAAAAAUGAUAAAUCAAGCACUUGGAGGAGUGUGCUAGUGAAUAAAAUGUUAUGAAAGCUACUUGAAGUCCUUGACACUUGAGUGUGCUGGGCCACAAGAGUGAACAGAGGGGGCAGAGCAUCUCAUGGAGAGCUCGACAACUCACGCGUCACUUCAGCGCUUUAUUUGGAAUGCUGUACAGGACUGGAGUUGUUAGACUGGGGGAAGGCCUUACUGCUUCUCUGACUCCAACCCUUGUUUCACAUGUGGGAACAUGGGGGUCCACAGUGCUGGCCUGGGACCAGGCCCGGCUCUGUCCCCCCGUGCUCUUUUCAGCUCUCUGCCAGGGCAGCUCCUCGAAGUAGGGUUGUGGAAGGGGGAACAGCUUUGGAUGCUGGGUCAGGAGAAACGUGUGCAGCUGGUCAUUAUCAUGUUCUGGGGCACGGACACCUGGGGGUGGCAGGAAGCAAGGUCUGGGAGACUCGGGCUGUCCCUCCAAGGCCACCCCUUGUGGCUUAGAAACUCGUCCAGAGUGAGGGCCUUUUCAUGGUUUAUGGAGGACUCUCCCAUCCUGGCUUGGUUAGGUGUGGACUGGGUCAGAUUUUGAAGGCUCAGGCCUUCCAAAGAGCGGGUAAGACUACGUGGUGAGACAGGUGUCUUCAAGGGUUGGUGUGAAAUUUUGCUUUUCAUAUUAAGUUAGUAAACUUUACAGGGCAUAGGUUAUUUGAGGUUUUUGUGAUGUUUGUCAUGGACCAAACAACUGUGACAUGAAAAUGUUUUUGCUGUUUUUAAUCAAACAAUAGUGUGACUAGAU